AUGUCAGAAUUAACUAUUGGAUCAAGUUUUGAAAGAUUGUUAUCGACUUCAUGUAACAAUAUUUUUGUUGGUACCAACAACAAUAAUAAUUAUAAUUGUUCAAACAACCAUGCCACUUUGGAUUCAGAGAGAAGAGCAAAGGAUAGAAAUAAUCUAGAUAUAAGACCACUCACCAAAUCACUGGAUGAUCUCAUUGAUGUCAUUCACGAUACCAACGACCUUCUCACAGCAACACAAUAUCGAUCUGUUGUCACCAGAGUAGCCAUCUCACUGCAGUCUAUCAAGUCCUACUUUGAGGUGAUUGCCAAACUCUCAAACAUUGAUUCUCGAGGAGAUCAACAAAGAUCAAUCUCUACUGCACCCAAAGAUAAUUCAAUACUGGAUCAGAUAUUAUCAAGUUUUUCAACAUCAUCAACUUCAAAUAUUUUCAACAAUAACAAUAACAAUAACAACAAUAAUAAUAAUAAUAAUAAUAAUAAUAAGAGUUUAAUAUCAACAUUAGUUAAAAUAUUUAAUCAACAUGAUAAUAAUAUAAAUUUUAUCGAUGGUAAUGUAUCGAUACAAUUAACUAAUUUACAAGUUUUACUGGAACAAGAUGUUUCCAUUGACCAGAUAAUGAUCAAUAUUGAAACAAUGAUAAACUUUGUAAAUGAUUCAAUUAAUUUAAUGAAACAACACUAUAAUUUAUUUUAA